UCAAGGUUUGUAAAUAACAAAGGUAGAACAGGAUGUAACAUCCCUUGCGAUCUAGCAAUGGAGCAUCUGAAUCGAAGACUAAAAUCCAUUCUUCACAACAUGGGAGCUAAUAUCCAGCCUAGCUCGAUUGUUAGAGCUGCCAAGAGCAUUGGCAUAGUUGAUAGUAUAUGUACAACAUUUGAAGAAUCUCUUCACAUCCAUCCUGCUUCUGCCCAUCAUCCGGUGCCUACUGAUUACAAGGAUUUCAACACAGUUUUGGAUGUGCUACUGGACAAGGACGUUUUCCAGAAAAUGGAUGGAAAAAGGCAACAUAGCCAGUUCAAGUUUUCUCAUACACUUUUUGUGCAAGGAGACAGGGACAAAAUUGUUAAGUGGAUGGAAAAAACAUUGGGUCAGAUGUUUCAUAGCAUUGGAAUUGAAGAAGAAGAAGAAGAGGCAUCGGCAACCGAAGAUGAUGAUGGUGAUGAUGAUGAUCCAACAACUGCUGGAAUGACUAUUGUUUGAAAGCAGUAUCUAUAUAGUCUCAUUCAUCCAAACAGCCAUCCUUCUAUACAUUCAUAUACAUUCAUAUACAUUCAUACGGUAUUACCUUGCAUGAUAAUGCAUUACGUUACUAGCAGACAGAGACAUUUGCACACCUGAUGCAUGCACGCUUGACACUUGCAGUCACUGCAGAUUUUAUACUGUGUACCUUUGAUGUUAUUGCUGACAUAUCUUUGUCUGGAUUGUACAGUGUUACAGUUUGUCCCCUUGUGAUAAAUAUAAUUUCUAUUAUCUCAGAA